GCCCUUCCCUGUGUCGACCCCAGUUCUGCUUCCCCUCCCCUCUCCAGCUGUGGGCUGAGCUAGAGAUGGGGGCAGAGAGACUGGAGAGAUGGUAGGCGUGGCUGAGGUCUCCUGUGGCCAGGCAGAGAGCAGCGAGAAGCCCAAUGCUGAGGACAUGACUUCCAAAGAUUACUACUUUGACUCGUACGCUCACUUCGGCAUCCACGAGGAGAUGCUGAAGGAUGAGGUGCGCACCCUCACCUACCGCAACUCCAUGUUUCACAACCGGCACCUCUUCAAAGACAAGGUCGUGCUGGAUGUGGGCUCGGGGACGGGGAUCCUCUGCAUGUUUGCUGCCAAGGCCGGGGCCCGCAAGGUCAUCGGGAUCGAGUGUUCCAGUAUCUCUGAUUAUGCCGUGAAGAUCGUCAAAGCCAACAAGUUAGACCACGUGGUGACCAUCAUCAAGGGGAAGGUGGAGGAGGUGGAGCUGCCAGUGGAGAAGGUGGACAUCAUCAUCAGUGAGUGGAUGGGCUACUGCCUCUUCUACGAGUCCAUGCUCAACACCGUGCUCUACGCCCGAGACAAGUGGCUGGCGCCUGACGGCCUCAUCUUCCCAGACCGUGCCACGCUGUACGUGACGGCCAUCGAAGACCGGCAGUACAAAGACUACAAGAUCCACUGGUGGGAGAACGUGUACGGCUUCGACAUGUCUUGCAUCAAAGACGUGGCCAUCAAGGAGCCCCUGGUGGACGUGGUGGACCCCAAGCAGCUGGUCACCAAUGCCUGCCUCAUCAAGGAGGUGGACAUCUACACCGUCAAGGUGGAAGACCUGACCUUCACCUCCCCCUUCUGCCUGCAAGUGAAGCGCAACGACUACGUGCACGCCCUGGUGGCCUACUUCAACAUCGAGUUCACGCGCUGCCACAAGAGGACCGGCUUCUCCACCAGCCCCGAGUCCCCGUACACACACUGGAAGCAAACAGUGUUCUACAUGGAGGACUACCUGACGGUGAAGACGGGCGAGGAGAUCUUUGGCACCAUCGGCAUGCGGCCCAACGCCAAGAACAACCGCGACCUGGACUUCACCAUCGACCUGGACUUCAAGGGCCAGCUGUGCGAGCUCUCCUGCUCCACGGACUACCGGAUGCGCUGAGGCGGCGCCGGCAUCUCCCGCCCGGCCCUACACGGGCCCGGGGGCUGCGGCCUUCUUAGGUGGUUUCGGGGCACCCCUUCCUCUCCCUCCCUCCCGCAGAAGGGGGUUUUAGGGGCCUGGGCCGGGCGGUGGGGGGCACAUCGUGACUGUGUUUUUCAUAACUUAUGUUUUUAUAUGGUUGCAUUUACGCCAAUAAAUCCUCAGCUGGGA